AUAAUCAUAAAAUAAACCAGGAGCGAUUCUGGCAGCGGUAGUGGCGCUCUCUCUCUUCUUCCCACGUACCGCUUUAGCGGACCACCACAAAUCCACACAGUGACAAUAAUUAAUCUCUGCUUGCAACCACACCACAACACCACACCACACUAUCUACCGGACUCUCGCUUCAGUGCUGCUACUUUUCGUUUAAAAUACGCUCUGGAUUAGCGAGGGACAGCACAAUAUCCGGGGGCUACCACGACUCGUUCUUCUCCCCUCAUAAUCUGAAUGACGGGCGGACGGUUCGAUUUUGACGAUGGUGGCACAUAUUGCGGUGGCUGGGAGGAUGGAAAAGCCCAUGGGCAUGGCGUCUGUACCGGGCCCAAGGGCCAAGGAGAAUACUCCGGGUCCUGGAACAAUGGUUUUGAGGUAGUGGGGGUGUACACCUGGCCCAGUGGAAACGUGUAUCAGGGUUACUGGGCACAGGGGAAACGACACGGAUUCGGUGUGGAAUCGAAGGGAAAAUGGAUUUAUCGUGGUGAAUGGACUCAUGGAUUUAAAGGUCGAUACGGGGUCCGGCAAAGUCUCCACACGCCUGCUAGAUACGAUGGGACAUGGAGUAACGGUCUGCAAGAUGGAUAUGGAGUUGAAACGUAUGGUGAUGGAGGUACGUACCAGGGGCAGUGGACAGGAGGAAUGCGACACGGAUAUGGUGUGCGGCAAAGUGUACCUUACGGGAUGGCUACGGUUAUUCGCUCGCCUCUUCGAACCUCGCUGGCCUCGCUCCGCAGCGAACAGAGCAACGGCACCGUCCUCCAUGCCAACCUCGACCUGUCAGACAGCCUUGCCGGCACCAGAGGAGGCUUUGUUCUCAACUUCCACAGCGAAGGCGAAGGUGAGAAGAAAAAAGGCCUGUUCCGAAGAGGGUCCCUGUUCGGCAGCCUCAGAAACCUCAGAAAGUCUGACUCCAGGUCGUCCAUAUCAAGCAAACGCAGCUCCGCCCGCAGCGAUGCCGCCAGCUCCAUCAGCCGAAUCAGCUCCAGUGAUGCCAAUUCCACCAUCAGCUUCGGAGAUGGAGUUGAUGAGUACAUGCCCCUGGAGGACAAUGUAGAUGCCACCACUACUGAGUCCUACAUGGGGGAGUGGAAGAACGACAAGCGAAACGGCUUUGGUGUCAGCGAGCGCACCAACGGGAUGAAGUAUGAGGGAGAGUGGAUGAACAAUAAACGCCACGGCUACGGAUGCACAAUGUUCCCAGAUGGCACCAAAGAAGAGGGGAAGUAUAAAAACAAUGUGUUGGCGCGAGGCAUCAAGAAGCAGCUCAUUCCUCUCAAAAACACCAAAACUAAACAGAAAGUGGAUCGGGCUGUGGAAGGAGCCAUACGGGCAGCAGCUAUUGCCAAAACAAAAGUAGAAAUAGCCACUUCAAGAACGGCUCACGCCAGGACUAAAGGUGAUGCUGCUGACCAGGCCGGUCAGUCAGCCAGUCAGGACUCAGACAUCGCCAGGGCAGUGGCCAGGGAACUGUCUCCCAACUUCCAUCAGCCAGGCCCUGAUUAUAUAAAGCAGAGGUUCAAUGAACCUAUUGAACCUAUUGUCCAAGAGGAGAAGAAAGAGAAGUCCUCCUCAAGUAGCCCUCAUUUCUACCGUAAAGGCACAACCCCAGACCACUCUCCUACUGCGACUCCCCAGCCCUCUCCCCCACCAACACCCCCACCAGCGCCAGCCCCAGAGCCCAAAAAGAGCCUCUUCAGCAAGCUCACCCCCAAGCCAGGGAAAGAGAAUAACACCCCUUCAGCAGAGAGCCAGGCCCCGGUCAUCACAAAGGCAGUCUCUAAGACAUCGUUGAAACAGGAAGUAAGACAAGAAGUGCCUCCCCAACCGAAAACUUUCAAGAUGGCGGAGUCGGUCCCCGUCAGCCCUGGCAAUGGACAGCUGCACACUGACACUGAGUACCACGGCUACUACAUGAAGGCAGACGUGAAGAUCCCCCCAGAUGAACCUGAGGGAGUAGAGGAGGAGCAUGUUACCCUGUCCACCUUUGCCCAGAUGCCACAGCCCGCAAAACCUAUGGCGCAAUACAGGACACCCACCCCAAAACCUGGAGCGCCAAAGUCAGCAGCCAAAGAAAGCAAACCUGAGCUAACGCUUAAGAAACAAGAUUCGUAUAAGCCAAAAAGCCUAGCAGAAACUAGGAAACAAGCCAGCUUGGAGAUCACCACGGAUUUCGUAGAGGAAGAGUCAGGUCCUAACUCAAUACUGGUUGCCCUUGUAAUGCUGUUGAAUAUUGGUCUAGCAAUAAUUUUUAUCCAUUUUUUAACCUGACGGAAUCUGAACUGAGAGGUUUGGUCAGACAGACUGCCACAGAGAGAAUGUGAGAUUGGAAGAAGAAAGCAUCAGAAGGGGAAAUGGCUCCAGAUAUGUUUAUUACUACUUUUCUGAAUGUAAAGUAAUAAAGAACAUUUAGAGCACAGAGUUAAAGGGCAAAUCCGCCAGUUUUCCACCUCAUAUUCAUGAUCUCUUGCACCAUACCACCCACUGGGCACAGAUGUCAAGUCAACGUCUUUUCCACGUUGGUUCCAUGUCAUUUCAUUGAAAUGACAUGGAAACAACGUUGAUUCAACCACUGUGUGCCCAGUGGGCAGUGUCUAAUUAUAUGAAAACGGUGCAUUUCUAUGAUCCGUGGUUAAAAAGAGGAAAUACCUAAAAAAAUGCUUCUCUAUGACAUCACAGGGUAGGACUAAAAGUAAGAAAAACUGUGAUUUUCAAAACUUGUAACGAGUUUGUAGUCAGAGGGAGGGUAAUUGUCUUGCUCCCAACGUCAACACAAAUCUCAUAGUGUUUGAAAAUCACUGUUUUUAAACUGUCUUAACUUUUGAUGUCAUCAGGUGGAGCUUUUUACUUCAUUUUUUCUACUAAAUAUAGAAAUGUGCCGUUUCCACAUCUGUAGACACUGGUAUUGUGCUGGAGAUAAUGAUAAUGAAAAAAGUGGGUGGAGUUGCCCUUUACAGAGCACAGGCAAAGUUCAAAGUUGAAAGAACCACAAUGAAUGAUCAAUAAUUUAUUUUUCUUGUCUAAACUGUAUUUGCACACAGCUAUGUAUAAGGCUAUUUUCUACUAAUUGUACCUGAUGCUACAUACAUUUUUUGGCCAAAAUUCUGAGCUGUUAUUACUGUUUAAAGGCAAAGGAACAGUCUAUUUGUGUAUGAUUGUAUUUUUCUAAAAUGUUCUAAACUAUAUUUUGGAAAACUAGCCUGUACAUUUUUGGAAAAUGUAACUCACAAUUUGAUAGAUAUUUUUAAUUAGUGAUUUUAAUAUCAAUUCAAUAUUUGUGAACUGCUGCCAGGCUUACAAAGAAUAUAAUUGAAUACAAAAUAAACAACAUUAAGCUAUAUUGGGCAAUUUGUUUGGAUAUUUAUGAUCUUCUGACCACAAUGACUUUAAUGGAUUUUUGGGACAGUUCUCUCUGUCCAAUUUU